AAAAAAAUUAAAUAAUUUCCAGCGUAGGCACAAUGCAUAGCUCGCUGUACGCGAUUUCGCACUUGAAUUGCACAGCUGUCACGGUGACAGCUGUGAAUUCGCAAUAUUUAUGUUUAGAUGAUAUCAAGAUUUUAUUGUUUUAUUAAAAGCUAUUCUCUGAUUUCAAGUAUAUCUUAAAGCGAAUAGUUUCUUAAAGUACCUGAUAUUAAAAAGGAGUGGAACGAAGGAAUUUAAGUGUCACGCAUUGGUUCUGCGCUGUUGUUGAUAUACGAUGUAAUUUUUUACAUAAAGAGGUGCGCGAUAAACUGACUGAGUAUUUAAAAGAGCAGACAAGCAACAACAAAAUAAUUGGAAAUCCUUUUUUGGUUCCGGAGUUAAUAGUAAAAGCCGACUAUGAGGUAUAUAAUGUUGUUAGAAGUGAAUAAACAUUUCAUGAAUGGAUGAAAAAACUUGAAAAUGCCGGAAGUCAUAUGUAACCAGAUGAGGUGACAGGUAGCGGGAACAUUGAGUGAAAAUAUGAAGUGGGGCGUGCCAGCUAAAAGAGAUUGGUGAAUUGCUACUAGUAUAGUAUCUUCAGCACCGGUUCCGCCUUUUCAACAAAAACAAAUAUAGUUUGUCCGAGGUUAAUCUGCCAACAAGCAAAAAUCUUGCACCAAAGUCUUAUCAAAAUGUUGACUGAAACUGCUUUUAAAGGAUGAAAACAACAAUUGUAAUAAGGCCAGCAAGGUAAAGGAAGGUAAAUUUAGAUUGAAAAGGAAAUUUGCUGUUAUUGCUUCAACGAUUGAAAAACAUCAUCAUGAUGCUCUCAGUGCAUAUAGCCGAAUGGUGCUAUUACCAAAGAUAUUUCUUACAAGCAGAUAGAAUUUUCUUACAAGCAGAUAGAAUUCAAAAUAUAAUUGAUAGAGUUAAAUACUGUACUAAAGAUGGCUUUCACGCUAAUGGGUCUAAAAAUAUGCAAUCACUGCAGCUACCUGUUGCAUUGUAUAAUUUUGUUCAACGUAGUUCUUAUAUUCUGGAUUGGUAGAUACUUGUUGUCUGGAGGCAGAAACACUUUUACUUCUGGCUCCGAAUUCAUCUUGCAAGAGCAACAACUGAAUAUGCAACAGCAACGUAUUUUAAGUGAUAUUAAUAUUCAAGAUUCGCUAAACGAACAUGAGCCACCAAUUUCAGUUGAUAAGGCACCAGUUGUUCAAUUAAAAUCACUAUUAAUUGAUAUUAAUCGGUUUAAAGAUCCGUCUGCCGCAUCAGUAAUGCAGUUACGUAAAAUUGCAGAAUCCGCAGAGCUUAAUCCAAAUUUAGGCGACCCUGCAAAUAUGAUAAAUACAAUAGCUACUGAAUCUAUCUCCAAAACUGAUGAAAACAUUGUGAUAGGCGAUGAAAAAGGUUUUGGCAAUCGAUUGCGCUCCUUACUUAACUGCUAUGAUCGCCCUUACAAACCUGAAAUCUUGCAGCGCGGUGAUUUUUGGGUGUUACAAAACUAUGUACGUGCCGAUCAUGGCGAACUGAAGUGCCAUGAAUCUAUUACUUAUACGACGCAUGCGGACUAUACGUUUUUGGAUAGUCUAAUACCAUUGCUAGAAAGAUGGAAGGCACCUGUCAGUAUAGCUUUGUAUGCUCCGGGUAAUGAUUUUCAACCAACACUCGAUUCCAUUAGAUAUUUACGAGACUGUCUACCCGAGAGUAAUCUUGUUCGCAUGUAUGCCACAUUUCACAUAUAUUUCAAUACAAAACAUAUCCCAGAAAUUGUUCCCAUGCAUCAGGAUAUUUUAAAAGUAGGCCAUAACUGUAAGAAGCGGGCAACCUUUGGAGCUAUGGUAGAUCGCUUGUAUAGAAUUCAAAAGCAACUUUUCUAUCCUAUUAACGUGGGCCGCAAUAUCGCACGUGAUGCUGCACUUACUCAUUUCAUACUCGCUUCUGAUAUGGAAAUGUAUCCAAGCAUGGUUCUAGUGAACAAAUUUUUAAAAAUGAUUGCACGAAAUGAAACGUAUUUACAACGCACAGCUCCCAGAGUCUUUCCGCUUCCAAUUUUUAAAGUCGAAACGAAUUCAGCAGUGCCGCGGAAUAAAACUGAACUGCAGGAAAUGCUGCGUACUAGUAAGGCGAUUCCCUUUCAGGAAUCCGGCGGCGCUAGUUGCCACCGCAUGCCAAAAUCAAAAGAAUGGAUGGUUGCAAACGAAACAGAGGAACUGAACGUCUUCUAUAUUGGGAAACGUAUCAAUUACUUCGUAAACUGGGAACCGGUCCAUAUAGGUACUCAUGCUGAUCCACAUUACGAUGAACGAAUCAGUUGGGAGGGAAAAUGUGAUAAAGUUACACAGGCGUAUGCACUUUGCGCUCUCGACUAUGAGUUCCACAUACUAGACAAUGCAUUUCUUGUGCAUAAGCCGGGCACCAAAAUAUAUGAAAGCGAAUAUAAUCGUGGUUGGCUGAUGCGCAAAACAAACAAAAUAAUCCGCACUAUAAUAUACCCGGAAUUGAAGGUUUUGUAUGGCACAAGACCGGGCUGCGCCAUUCACACUUAAUAUAGCGAAUAGCGACAUAGCGAGUUGGAAGACUAUAACUUUUAGCCUUCAAAUCGAAAUGUUAUGAAAAUGUACUGAGCAAACUGAAUGUUUUGAAUUUUGUUAAAAUCGUUAUUGUUAUAUUUAAUUUAAUCUAUAGAUUUUAAGUCCAGCUUAAUUUGCCAGCUACUUGGACGGACAGACGGUCAAGCUUUAAAAUUUUAUUAUUUUACAGCUCCAUUAAUUUUUUUUUAAAUUUAGAACAAU